GAUUCUGAGCGGUGUUAGAGCAGUAUGCCUGAGCCCUCCAAAUCUGCGCCCGCCCCGAAGAAGGGCUCCAAGAAAGCAAUCACCAAAGCGCAGAAGAAGGACGGCAAAAAGCGCAAGCGCAGCCGCAAGGAGAGCUAUUCCAUCUACGUAUACAAGGUGCUGAAGCAGGUGCACCCCGACACGGGCAUCUCGUCCAAGGCCAUGGGCAUCAUGAACUCGUUCGUCAACGACAUCUUCGAGCGCAUCGCGGGCGAGGCGUCGCGCCUGGCGCACUACAACAAGCGCUCGACCAUCACGUCCCGGGAGAUCCAGACGGCCGUGCGUCUGCUGCUGCCUGGGGAGCUGGCCAAGCACGCCGUGUCCGAGGGCACCAAGGCCGUCACCAAGUACACCAGCUCCAAAUAAAUGCCCUUGUAGGCAUGUCUUUGUCCAACGGCUCUUUUCAGA